AUGGGUUCGGUGUCAUCAAAGGGCGAGCGUUUGGGAUCAUUCAAAGACUAUAACGAGAUCUUUGUUGACCCACAGCUCAAACGGGGCGCUAUGGUUGAGAUUGAGCGUGGUUGGUUUAAGCACUGGGCUCUAUGCGAAAGCACUACGGGGGCUAUUGUGUGGUGUUAUCACGUGACCAGUCAUAAGAAAAACUCCAUUGGCAGCAAUGGCCGGAACAAUGGCUCCAAGGGAUGGAUAUGUUAUGAGACGUUGAGAGAUAUUAUACAGAAAGAGGGGGCGGACGGGACGGAUGUAAAGCCGGGCUAUGAUUUGUGUCGCGUAAAUAAUCAGGAAAGUCGGGCGCAGAGACUGGGACUCAAUGAGUUGAACCUUAACAUUGUGUUCGCCGAAUUGAACCGUUUAAAAGACACCAUGGUCGAUUAUAAGCUCAACGGUUGGAGCAGCCAAGUAACCAAAGCCGAGUGGACAGGGAUGGGUGUGGGCGCAGGCGUUGGCGUAACGGCGGGUGUGUUGGCUAAAUAUGUUUUCGUUGAGGGCAUCGGAUGGGCCAUAUGUACCGGUGGUGUUGUGUUUGUGGUCCUCGGCUUUGGCCUGUAUUUGGGGCUCAAGUAUUACAAGACACAGGUCACUUGCGAUGGCGUAAUCGUUGACACCGACGACAGGGCCUUCACGGCUGUCGUACGGAAGGGCCGUUUUGAGAAGGCAUACCCCGUCAGAGUCACCCAAUAUCGGGGUAUUUCCACGUAUAGUAACGGUAAUCGAGACUUUCAGGAGACGGGUGUACUCACGGGUGAUGUCUGUCCGGGCGAUCACUUCUGGGGAACGGCUAUAUUCACGGCCGACAACCAGAACGGUUGCCGUAGUGGCGCCGGUGUGUCCGCCAUUCGAGCCCUGUAUAGGGUGUGGACUAUUACCGGCAAAUGUAACUCGACGUGUCAGGUGUUUGAUAGUUCACUCGGUCACUCUACCCAGCAGUGGGACCCACCGGUCAAUGGGUGGGGAAUCGCCGGUCGUAGGCGUGAUAUUAGUGGCGCACAGGAUGUGGACCAGGAGGUCGUCGAAGAGAUUUGA